AGCAAAAGGCAUCGCGCGAUCGUGUAUGUUUUACUAAAUUUAUCAAGACGUGUACGAAAAAAAACAUUUGCGAGUGCUGUGGAUUGUCUUUCGUCAAGACAUUAUUUACAAACAGUGAAAAUGAGCUCGGGUUUCAUAUCGGAAGCCGAAAUCGCCGAACAACGGCGAAUGCGACAGGAGGAAUGGGAACGUGUACGGACUGCCGAUCAACCUUUAGAGGCUCCAGAGGAAACUUAUGAUCCUAGAUCCUUGUAUGAGAGAUUGCAGGAACAGAAAAAUAAAAGAGACAUAGAGUAUGAAGAAGCUCACAAAUUAAAAAAUAUGAUCAAAGGAUUGGAUGAUGAUGAAGUAGAAUUUUUGGACUUGGUUGAUAGAACUAAGAUGGAAGAAGAACGUAAAAAGAAUCUUGAGGAAGAAAAAGAAAUGCGCGAUUUUAAAGCCGCAGUUGCUUCUCUUCAAGAACAGAAAUUAAAUGAAAAAUUAAAGCAAGAAUUGAAGAACCCACCUGUUAGCAGUAAAAAUGCUGCCUGUGGAAGUAGUCGCACUUCGCAGUUAAAAUUACCCGCAGGUGUUGUAUUGAAACGAUCUGACAAACAAAAACAAGAAGAAGCACUUAAAGGAAUAAAGAGAAAAUUGUCUCCAUCCAAAGAUAAUGCCGAUACUAGCAAAAAGAAAGAACCACAUACAUCUUGUGAGCCAGUUGCACUUACGGACACUUCUCUUUCUAGUCCCGAAUCAGAUAAACAAAACGAUAAAGCUACACCAAAUCAAGCAAAUACAAAUUAUAUGCAGAGCGGACUCAAAUGUAUUGGUAUAUUACCUGGUCUUGGAACAUAUAAUAACUCUAGUGACAGUGACUGUAGUUCUGAUACAGAUCAAGAAACAGAACCAAAUCCUACCGUUUACGAUAUGUUAGGUCGAAAAAUAAAAUCAUUGAAAGAUAAGGAGGAGAAAAGCUGAAUGAUAUCUGUAAAUACAUAUGUAUAUACACGUGUCUGUACGAGUGUAUGUAUGUAUGUACGUAUGACAAGAUAAUAUUUGUGAAUAUAGAAGAAAGAAAAUUAUUAUUAUGCCACAAUUGAUUAUAUUCGAAACAUGCUGCAUUUGGAUACAUACUUUCUACUACAUUUAGCGAGAACAUAUAUAUAUAUAUAUAUGUCUGAUUUUUAUCU